ACCAACAAAAUACAGUAGCAAAAUCAUCUUUAUUACAAGCCCAAUACACUGCAAUCCAAACAUCAAACCAAGUUCCAACUGGGUGUGUCUUGAAACCAAAUUGCGAUGAAUAUGUGAAAACCUUUUGUUCUGAAGAAGAAUUAGAAGUACAAAUAUGGCCAUUAAUGAAUCUUGGAUCUUUGAAAAAUCUCUAA